AAAUUUUGAGGCAAGACUGUCCUAAAUCAGUAAUUUGAAGUUGAAACCGCAUCAUCUCAAUGGAGUUGAACGGCAAAUCCAUGGUUUCAGAGCCUGCAAAUGUUAUUUAUCUUUCAACUAUUCUGGGUAGAGAUGGGCAAGUUCUUGCCCACAAAUGUGAUUGGAAAUGUGAGAAUGAACAUGUAUGUGGUAAUAUGUACCGCUGCAAACUAACAGGAAUCACUCACAUUUGUGACAAAAACUGUGACCAACGAAUUCUCUAUGAUAACCAUAGCUCACUGUGUCGUGCAAGUGGGCAAAUAUUCCCACUUACACUGACAGAGGAACAAGCAAUCAGAGGCAUUCGCAGGAAGCUUGAUGCUGACAAUUCCUCCAUCGAUGACUUUGCUUUUAAGCGUAGGCGGGAUGCCCAGUUUCAUCCUUCACCUUUCGAGAGAUCUUUCUCUGCUGCCGUCCCAAUUUGUAGUCAAGUUGGAGAUGGCAUGGAUAUGAGCUAGAUUUAUAUAUGAAAAAGAAGGGAAACUGGGGCUUGUCUCUAUGCUGUUCGUUUGAAUAAUUUCCUUUUUGUUCUGCCUUUGGACCGAUAUCAUAUGAUGGACUUGACCUGCGGAUACUUGAAGUGGUGGACCUUGUGUGCCCCACCUGUUUGUAGGAACACUUAUAUUUCUAAUCUUGUUUAAUGCAAUAUGUAGCUGACACUAGAUUGACUAUAACGAAUGGGAUGGAGCAGGAUCGACAGGAAAUUUGCAUUUCUAUCUAGUAUUUCCUUGCCCUGCUUCUCUUCAACAUAGACUAUUGUAGCUUAAAGGGUGCCGUCGCAUCCUUUCUUGAUAUAUUUUUCUAAUGUUAUCAGCGCCUACUUUAUCUACUCUGCGUAUUUGUAUUGCUGAAGGCAUUCUUGGUAUACUAGCAUAGUGCUCCUAUUUGUAUUUAUAUUAUCUUUACUUAAUUCCAAUAAUAUUAAUCCUCUUACAACUUAUUUACUCUCUAUUAAGUAUUAUCAUGGAAUGGGUAGCUGAAAAUGAUAACUCUGCUUGGAACACCACCCAUUCCCCAUCCCCCUCCAAGCCCAAUUUUCAAAUUCCUUGACUGAAAGGCACUUGGUCCGAAUUCUGUUUUGCUAGACGUGCUCUUGGCUUUGCCAUCAGGUUUAUGACCAGUGACGUGGGUUGCCCUAGACUAUUUACAUUUUUGUUAUAUCUGUUUGUUCCCAUAUUUUCAUAUGAGGUUGUCCUAAAGUCAUUUUUAACUUUGCAGCAGGGGUCUAGUCAUUCCUAAUUGUGAGAGUUUAGUUGUAUUUGUGACUUAAUGUUCCUUGUUCUGCAAUUUGAUUGAAUGUAAUUACGGGUGUUUUGACCUUCGUCACCUUUCUUGGCAGGUGUGUGAUGCCCUUUGUUAAUGUGGAGAACAAGUUUACAGAACAAAAUGCUGUUCAAAAUGAGCCUACAAAUCCUUAGGAGGUGAUGGUGGCCUUUUUAAAUGUGGAGAACAAAAUUACGUUCAGGAGAAGCUAACAAACCCCCCCACCCCAGGUGGGAAAAGGAUUGUUGAGGUUUUCUCAAUCAUUUGAUUUGCAGGGAUAAUGCUUGAAAUUGUAUCUUUGCAGCCAAGUGAAUUUUAUGUUAAUUUGCAGCCUGGUGUGGAGGAAAGGCACUCAAAUAUGGAGCUAAUGAUGGGAUGGAAUGCAGGUUUUAUCAAACAUUUGAUUUGCAGGGAUAAUGCUUGAAAUUGUAUCUUUGCAGCCUAGUGAAUUUUAUGUUAAUUUCGUUAAAAUGCGCAAACAUGGAAGACCAGACAACACACUUUGCUCAUUCCUUGGUGUACUUGCUAUUAAUAAUCAAGCUACUGGGGCGUACUUAUUGUGUGAGUCAUUUGUAAUGAGGGAAUUAAUUAGCUUUUGUAUUUACUGCCGGUUUGACCAUUAAACUACUGCUAUAAAUGCGUUGCAGAAGCCCAUUUUGAAGGCUAUUAGUUUCUGUAUUAUGGACUCGGUUGAACUUGAAUAAAAUUCCAUUAGUUUUCUCCGCUGA